CUUCAGUGUUCAGGGUGCCGCACCCGGGAAGAUACUGAAGAUCAAUGUGAUGAACAUGAACAACCAGAGGAAGCUCCUCUCGUGCGCACUUUACCUGGCAAGAACCGUUGAGAAAGGAUCCGGGACAGACCCACAUGUGAGAUUGUAGAUAACCAGUUCAUCCUCUCCUUCACUCAUCGGCUGUUGGAGGCGCGCGGCACGACCACCUACUUCUCCUUCUGCUUCCCGUUCUCUUACAGUGAGUGCCAGGAGAUGCUGCAGCAGUUUGACAAGAGCUACCCCAAUGCUGCUCAACUCAGUCCAAGCAGUGCCCCAGAGGGAGUUGCUCUGCCACUCUCUAGAUGGCAACAGGAUGGACCUGCUCACUGUGACCAACUGCAACGAGAUGCAAGAGGAGAAAGAACCCCGUCUGCCUAAACUGUUUCCUGACACCAACACUCCAAGACCCCACCUGCUUCUCCAGCAAAAGGGUGUUUUUUCUCAGCAGUCGAGUGCACCCCAUCUGUUGUGUUCAACGGUUUCCUCAACUUUAUCCUAAGAAGAGAUGACCCUCGUGCUCACGCGCUUAGAAACAUGUUUGUUCAAGCUCAUUCACAUGUUCAACCCAGACGGGGUCGUUCGUGGGCACUACAGACGCCCAUCUAAAACACUGAGUCCCACCAGAAGUUUUUCAUUCAAAAGCCUGCUCGUCCUCGGAUGGGCGGUCGCGCGCAACGAAGACAGAAAACCUGCUGUGAAGAAAGAGGGAGAGAGAGCUGCAUCAAGUUAAACAGACACACACUGAGCAGGACCGGAAGCUAGCCAGCGGACCUUCAAAGCUUUUAAUUUUUUAGAUUUUUGACGAAGCCAUUUUCAAAACAUCGCUGGCUUGACGCUCGGCCGAGAAGGGGGACAGAGCAGAAGGGGGAGGCGGACAGAGGAGGACAGGAGGAGACGAGAGGAGGGUGCUGGAAGGGGGACAUUCACUCAUUGUUACCAACUCGAGGAGCGGCGGAGACCCCGUUGCUACACGUGAAUUUUCCGCACAACACUCGGAUCGCAGGCUGAACAUUAUAUUUAUCGGUGGUCGGCAUCUAUAUUUCCUCCAAAGCAUCAUCACUGUUUCUUUGAGGCAGGAGAGGGAGGAGUGCGAGCGGUCAGUCACAGCGCAGCUUCUUAAAGGACCACAGCAUCUCCCAGGAUAUGGAGAUCUUGUGACACACUGCUGCCAAUGACCGGAAUCCCCACGGUGAUGGAUGCGGCUAGCUUCAGUCAUGGCCGUGUUGCAUUACGCUGCCCGACCCAGAAUGUUUCUCUGUGAGCUGAAGAGGAGGAAGAGACUACCAGACAGUCUUGGACACUCCUUAAGCCUUGUUAUUUCCCUUUCCUGGUGAAUGAGCGAGAUACUAGCAGCGCUCAACUCUUCUUUCUAACCAGCCGUCCCCCCGGGUCUAUCUUUUCUCCUGCUAUACGGACCAGUCAUGGAUCUCCUGUGGGUGCUGUCGCUGUCCAUGUUGACGGUGUGCGUUGCCAUCCCCAUGGAUGCGGCGGAGGAGAGCCAUAGUCUGUUCACCUGUGAGCCCAUAACUCUGCGCAUGUGCCAAGGGCUGCCUUAUAACGCCACUUACAUGCCCAACAUACUGAAUCAUUACGACCAGCAAACUGCCGCCCUCGCCAUGGAGGUACAGUACACCGUUAACAUGAAAGAUGUAAAAAUCUAUGUGUUUUUAAAGCUCCAGUUUGUGUGUUUCUCGACCUCUCAACUGUACUCGCUCAGUGAUGGAUCUAUUUAUCUUUCAGCGUCGUCUCAACCACACACACUUCGAUACAUCCCAAACAAUAACUUUGUGUGUGUGUGUGUGUGUGUGUGUGUGUGUGUGCUGCAGGUGGAGCGUACCAGUCGUCCUGACCUCGCCUUGUUUCUGAUUAAGUACGUGAUGAUGCUGAUCGUAGGAAUCCCCUCUGUGUUCUGGGUGGGCAGUAAGAAGACCUGCUUUGAGUGGGCCAGCUUCUUCCACGGCAAGAGACGCAAAGACAGGAUGGUGAACGAUAGCCGCCAGGUGCUGCAGGAGCCCGACUUCGCCCAGCUGCUGCUCAGGGACCCCAACACGCCCAUUGUGAGGAAGUCACGGGGCACGUCCACCCAGGGGACUUCCACCCACGCCUCCUCCACCCACCUGGCCAUGUUGGACGAACCUCCCAGCGGCAGCACCAGCCGGGCCGGCUCGGUCCGCAGCGCACGCUCCAAGAUGAGCAGCUACCACGGCAGCCUGCACCGCUCCAGAGACGGCAGAUAUACAGCCUCCAGUUUCCGGGCCAUAGACGACCGACUGCCCUACGGCAGCAUGUCUCGCCUCAACGAUCAAGACAGGUCCAGACACUGCAGCACCAACCGCCUGGACAGCCCAUCACGGCAAGGCUCCACCCAGCGGCUGGAGAGCCAGUCGCGGCACAGCAGCGUCAGGGACCUCACCAGCACCACCCAAGCUGUUUUCGGUGUCCCUGGAAACGGGAUUCGCAGAGUCCUGGAGGAAGACGGAGGGACAGCCUGAACACGACCUCGGAUAGAACACGUGACUGUAGGAGAGAUGAAUUAUCUUUCUCUUUCUAGAAAGUAAGAAUGUGCGAGGAUCCACAGUAAGCCUGACAGUGCAGAGCAGCAACCACUGCUGUGGAACUGGGAGCUUUAGAGCUGAAGCAGUUUACUGAUGAAGACGUCAGCUAGACGAAGGCUACAUCCAGCCAAAGAGGGCCGAGUGUGGAUUGAUGCCUUAAAAAAUGUCCGCUCAGCUUCUUUCCACCCACUAGCUGAUCCCAAAAACUGAACUUCAAGAUGAUCUUUGUCCAGUUUACAAACCACGAUGGAUUUGUGGUGCUGAUGUUGAUCUGUGAAACACUGGAGAACACUGACAGACUGCACUACUGGAUUGUUUUUUACUUUUACUGUACAUGUUUGUAUAAAGGACUGAACGAUAGACGCCUUCUCUUCUAGUCGGUGCUUCUUAGCACAUGGGAGGUGGCAGCAGGGUGUUUUUUUACCAGCUACAUUUGAAAAACUGUGCACCUCUUCCGUCACUGACGUCAUUAUUUUUCAGUACCAAAUACAAUUCAGGUAACGUAACCUGCUAAAAACCUUAUUUAUAAAGGCAAUUUAUUCACACCCCAUUUGAAACCCCACAUGAAUUGUAACAACUUCUGGCAAACUCUAAAUAUGUAUAUGACUUUCCAAAAGCCUUGUCUCAUUUUAAACUGCUUUUCUUUUUAAUAUUGAGGUACUUCAUUGCUUUGGUGUAAUGGUGUAUGUAAUGAUAAGAACGAUUUGUCAGAAUGUAAGGGCUGAACUACAGGAAAAAAAAAAAGCUGAAUCCAAACUCCUGCCUUACAGUUUGAAUAGAUGAUAGUGUGCCCUUAAAUUAGAGUCAAAUUUCGAGUUAGUCUGUCCGGUUUAAAAAUGUGUCCUUACCUGUAUAGCUGCUGUAAAAUGUUAGAGCAACAUUUCUGUAAAAAUGUGAACUUUUGCUGUUCAUUUGUAAUAAAGUUGUUUUUUAAAUAAC